CUACCCCUCCCACCCGCCCGGACCCCGCGAUGCCCGCUCCCCAGUGCGCCUCCUGCCACAAGGCCCGCGCUGCCCUCCGCCGCCCGCGCUCCGGCCAAGCGCUGUGCGGCACCUGCUUCUGCGCCGCCUUCGAGGCCGAGGUGCUGCACACGGUGGUCGCAGGCCGUUUGCUGCCGCCCGGCGCCGUGGUGGCCGUGGGUGCCUCAGGCGGCAAAGACUCCACGGUGCUGGCACACGUGCUGCGCGAGCUGGCGCCACGCCUGGGCAUCUCGCUGCAACUGGUGGCGGUGGACGAGGGCAUCGGCGGCUACCGGGACGCGGCCCUGGCGGCCGUGCGGCGCCAGGCUGCACGCUGGGAGCUGCCGCUCACCAUCGUGGCCUACGCCGACCUCUUCGGGGGCUGGACGAUGGACGCUGUGGCCCGCAGCACGGCCGGCUCCGGCCGCAGCCGCUCCUGCUGCACCUUCUGCGGAGUGCUGCGGCGUCGGGCUCUGGAGGAAGGAGCGCGCCUCGUGGGAGCCACGCACGUCGUGACGGGCCACAACGCCGACGACAUGGCGGAGACCGUGCUCAUGAACUUCCUGCGGGGCGACGCGGGCCGGCUGGCCCGGGGCGGGGGCCUGGGCUCCCCGGGCGAGGGGGGUGCCCUGCCGCGCUGCCGCCCGCUGCAGCUGGCCUCGCAGAAGGAGGUGGUGCUGUACGCGCACUUCCGCCGCCUGGACUACUUCUCCGAGGAGUGUGUCUACGCGCCCGAGGCCUUCCGCGGCCAUGCUCGCGACCUGCUCAAGCUGCUGGAGGCGGCGCGGCCGUCGGCGGUGCUGGACCUCGUGCACUCGGCCGAGCGCCUGGCGCUGGCCCCCGCCGCACGGCCCCCGCCCGCCGGCGCCUGCUCCCGCUGCGGGGCGCUCGCCAGCCGCGCGCUCUGCCAGGCCUGCGCCCUCCUGGACGGCCUGGACCGAGGCCGGCCCCGCCUGGCCAUCGGCAAGGGCAGCCGGGGGCGGGACGAGGUGGGGCCGCCUGGAGCACCGCGGGAGCGGAAGCAGGUCGGAACCCCGGCCUCGGAGGCUGUCCCCACCUUCUAGGGACCGCAGUUGUCCGUUGGGAUCUGACCUGGGGGGAGCACGGGGCGUCUGUAAAUAACACUGUGAAUAAACAAACCCCAGUUACCUU